UGGUAAUGCUGAACAUCUAUAUUUAAAACGCGCACCACUCCUACCUGGUUGUUCAGGUAAGACCAGGUCGGGACAGUAGCGGAUUCCUCUCCGUAUGGCUCAUUCACUUCCCUAUGGCUCAUUCACUACCCUGCAUACUUCUGUACUGGGCGAGCUUGAACAGCACUUUUAGAUCGUUGUAGGCUUUGAGUUUAAUGCGGCGUUUCCUUAAUUCUUCCACUUGAAUAUAUACUUUUGUUAAUUAACUACGUUCCACGUGUUUUUCUGACGUCUUUGCCCAAGUAAUCACUGGUUGUCAGCAUGGCCCUACAGCCGGCUGAGCUGCUGCUGGUCAAGGAUCAGUACGAGUUGGCGUUUCACUGUCUGAGCCAGGGACGCGGGGCAGAGGACGCCGGUAAAAGGACCGAGGGCCUGGACUACUACCGGCGGGGCAGACAGCACCUCCAACAGGGACUGGAGAUCCCCACGAACGGCGAGCGGCACCGAGGCCCCCACUGGGACGCCGCCAGACAGCUCCAGCAUAAGAUGGCCGCCAUUCUUAAGAACCUGACGCUACAUCUGGCCGAUCUGGAGACCACCAAGCAGACGACUGAGGCCCAGAGAAGCCGGGUCUCCAUGGAUCCUCUCCCCGCCGGUGUGGACACACUGGAGCCCCAACAGCGCUGUCUGUACCCUAGCAUACCGGCGAUGCUCGCUCAGACCUCGACGUUUCCGGAGCUAGUACUGCAAGCACAAGACAGCCUUUUUACUGCUGGGAGUUCGACCCCCGACCUCCCCUCUCUACCUCCCAGACCCCUUGUCCUUCCCGGGGACCAGCCUCCGGCGUACACCCCGCGGCCCAGCGAGGGCCACCAGAGCCUCAUCGGGAGCGCUGGCGGCGUGUUGUGGGGUCAGGGGCCCGGGGCCCUGUGUGGAAGGGUGGGCCAGGAGCUGGUGUUCAUUCCUGCGGGGGUGCAGAUGUUCUUCGUUGCUCCAGACGGACAGGUCAGCUCCCUGUUCCAGCCGGGGUACCUGCGCAUCUUCAGGUGUGAGGAGGAACGUUCUCCAGCGGCAACCGGCAAGGAGAAGCCCUCCUCAGCCUACCUUCAUGUGUGCGACUGGCUCUAUCCGCUGGCGGCAGACACCCCAGUCCUACUGGCCAGCUCUGGGAUCUACAUGUUCCCGGACACGCUGAGGGCCAGCCCGGGCUCCUACGUGGGCAUCGUCCUGUCCAACGAACUCCCCGCCGCUCACCGAGAGCUGUUUAAGGACGUCCUGGCUCAGCUUGUGGAACUGCGGGUUCAGGUUCCAGUCGAGGGCGAGAGGUCAGAGGUCGUCAACCUGAGUGACAAGGUUCCCCUUGGACCGGUGGAGGAGGAGGAGGAGGAGGCAGCCCCGCUCAUCGUGACGGGAGAGGAGAAACCUCCACUUCCUGAGUGGAGCGAAAAGAUGGCCCAACAUAUCUUGUCAGGGGCGUCGUGGCUGAGCAAGGAGUUUCUGCGCGGGGCCGAGUUCACUGGUAAGGCCGUCCACAAAGGGGCCACCAAGCUGCGCACCAACAUGACCCCCGAGGAGACCCCCGUGGAGAUCAGCCCCAAGGUCACCAAGGGCCUGCAGGCCGCCCAGCAGGCCACGGGGGGCGCAGCGCGGGUCAGCCGCUUCCUGGUGAACGGCGUGAGCACGGUUGCGGAGGCCGUGGGCGAGCGGCUGGCGCCACACGUGAAGAAGCACGGCGCCAAGUUGAUCCCGGAGAGCCUGAGGAAGAGCAAGGACGGCCAGGCCUCCAGCAUGGACGGGGCCAAGCUGGUGGCCGUCACCAGCCUACAGGGCGUUUCUGCCGUGUGGACAGCUCUGGAGUCAGGAGCCAAGACCGUGGGUAAAAGUGUGGCGUCGGAAACCGUCAUGACCGCAAAGUACAAAUUUAAGGGUUUAGAGAAACUGUUAAACAUGCCCGGCAACCAAUGACUGCAAGACAAGUGAAAAGUCAACAAAAUCUUUGAACUGAUGAUUGAAAUUUGUCAAUUUUUUCUUUAUUUAAACGCUCUUCUAACUUCAACCAUGUUGGAUAAUAACCCAAAUCAACUGUUUCAAACUGAUAUUUUAAUCAAACAUUCUAUAUUAACGCUUUCUAUACACGCCAGACAAUACCAAUGGGUUAUUGUUGGCAUGCUGUUCAUCUUCUUUAACCAUCAGUGUUAACAGAAGCUAUAUCUCUGCCCUAUCGCAUGGUGAUGCCUCUUCUUCUGCUGUUCAUAAAGUGUGCAUUGUGCGGUCAAUAAAAUAUACACCAUGAAACAUCA